AUGCGCUGGUGGGUCUCAAGCCUAGACCUCGCUUCGACUGCCAAGUACAACCUGGCAGCACGUUGGCUCUUGCGUCAGACUGGCAUAGUGCGUCAGCGAGGGGAAGAGUUUAACCCUGAGGACUUGGCUUACAAGCCUGCGGAAAUGGGCAUUGACCCGACCACCAACGAUGAGAUCGAGAUCACUCCUCCCGACUACUUGCAUGGCUUGAACAAGCUGCUUGACGCCCUUGAGUCGAUCAAUGGCCAGACGGUUUUGGACAAGCGUGGUGAACUGCGAAGCCAAUUUUAUUUGGAACUUCAACGAAAGCCUGGGGAACGGUUGAGUGAGUUCUGCACUCGGUUCAGGACACUUGUUGCUGACCUCCAAGCUGAACAAGUUCACUUGCCGGCCUCUGAACUCGGUUGGUUCCUCAAGAACAAGAUUGGCCUUGAUCCUCUUCGUCGCCAGUUGCUUGAGACGGCGCUUCAAGGCCGAGAGGAAUACAAUGUGAUCGAGGCCGAAGUUCUCCGACUCUUCAAAGACCUGCAUUUGGCUGAUCCUCUUCACCGGAAGUUUGGCCAAGGUGGUGACAAGCCGAGGUUGUCGAUUCGUCGGAUGUUUCAGUCGGUUGGUCCUUCGUCCUCCGCUUCGUCCUCUGCUUCGACCAUUAGUAGAAGUCCCUCCAUGUUUUCCUCAGCGUCCUCCUUUCGGAGACCUUCGACGGCCAGUGUCAGCAGUGCCCCAACUCGGAAGGUCUAUAUGGCUGAAGUGCCUGAAGAGGGCCAUGAGGAUGGACCUGUUGAAGAAGUCUUGGAAGCCUCAGCUGAGACUGCUGAGGAUGUGGAAGAGCCAGGACUUGUGGACUUCCUCCAGUCUGAAGCAGAAUGCCUUGCCACGGAACUUCAGGCUGCUGAAGAACAGGGUGCCGAUCCAGACUUGUUGCAAAGCGUGGAGGCCGAUUUUGAACAGGCAGCAGAGGCAUUAGUCACAAUGAAAGAGGCUCGCUCCAAACUCCAAGAGCUUCGAAAAGACCGAGGCUUCGGUAAGCCUUCGCCAGGAGGCCCAGCUGGAGGUGCGAAGAAUGCUGGAGUGCCAGCAGCAAGGAAAGCGUCAGGUCGCCACCCAUGCUUUGACUGCAACCAGCAUGGUCACUGGGCAGGCGACAAAGAGUGCCCAAAGCCAGGAGCAGGACUUGGACGCAAGCCGUUGGCUGUGGCAAAAGCAAAGCCGCGGCAAGUGCGAGUGACUGAAGCGCUUCAUGCAGAACAUGAUCCCAGCACUGUUUUGGUUGGUACUUCAUCCUCCUCACCUCCAUCGGCAUCACUCCCGGUUGACCCCAAGGUUCAUGAAGCCUCCAUGGUAAACCAUGUAGGGUCUCUUCGUUUGGACCAAGCUCUGGACUUCACCAUCAACAACCACCGGGUUUCUCAUGCAGCCUUGAUCGCUGGUUCGCCGCCCGCCUCUCAGGUGCUGUCAGAAGAGAAGAUUCUGGUGGGCGCCUUGGACUCGGCCUGCAACCGUACGUGUUGCGGUGAGUUUUGGUUGGACACUUAUGUAGAGCAUCUGAAGUCCUCUGCACCCGCUUGGAUCACCAAUCUGAUUGUGAAUGUCGAUGAGACCGAGCUGGACCUGGCACAAAUGUCAGCUGGGCACUUCAUGUUGCCCCUGCAGCCGAUCAGCGGCAUGGCGACUCCGGCAGACACUCCGUACGAGCUGAUUCCAUUGACGCCCAGCUUGAUUGCUCAGUACACGGAGCAUGUGGGAAGUCGAGCCUUCGUACCAUACCGGUGGAGAAGGUUCAUCCUUCGCAUGUUGGAUCGUGCCUUCUGGCACGCACGAAGCUUGCUGCUUUGGUUGGCGCCGCGCUCACAUUUGCGGUACUUGCCUUUUCCUUACCCUGCCAUUUCGUCUGUGACCGAUUGGAAGCUGCAAGCGCAGACUAUGGUGGACAACCACUCGAUGAGCCGCCGUCACCACUACUAUGCCACCAACCGGAACCUCUACACGGAUAUGAUUCUUCAGACUUUCCUCUUGACUCGGCAGAUGAAAGGGCAUGGUCAACGGGUGAAGCAAGCUGCAUUGGACGAAGCCCGAGAGCGAGCUCGCCAGGAGACAGCAGUUCAGGAUCGAGAGAUUUUGGCCCGUCAGAUGAUCGGUCCUCGUGGUGGACUACCACCUCUCCGAGCCGACCUUGUUCGUUUGGCCUUGCUGUUGAAUGUCGAGGUCGAUGCGAAGGACACGAUUGCCAAUUUGCAGAAGAAGAUUCGGCCGAUUGUGGACAUUCUCAAGCAAAAACCCACUCCGGCGAGCAGUUCAACCUUGAAGCAUCAGACGGUCCCUUCCACUCCUCCGGGACGAUCUGGUGUAUCAACAUGGUCGAGUCCUCCGAGUACAGCGUGGGCCCAAGUGGACCGAAUGACUCCACCUCUGACUCCAGAGCAGCGAGCCGACAUGGGCUCCAACAUCGGACAGGAACUCCAUGCCAUGGAGCUGAAGGUGCAAGCGCUGAUGAAGGCCCAGGACGAGCGCUUCAAUGCGAUGAUGCAAACCGUCCUCCAGGCCGUGCAGAACCAGCAGAGUGGAGCCUCCGUGGAUGCCAAGAUCGAGAUUGCUUGGGAGCAGCACAGGCGUGACCAGAAAGCUGUUUCCGUUUCCUCCAAAGAUGUUCAGGAGAUUUUCAUGGCUACUUGGGAGACGGACAUGCGAGCCUACAUGAACGAGACCUUCCUUUUGGAGUUCACAUUUCCUCAUACCCUGGCUACUGAAGUGUUUACGGACACUGAACCUGUGGCUCGUGCAAUUCGACGACGUGGACUUCACGCUGGAGACAGUCUGACCCUGAGUUCAGGUUGGGACCUUCGUUUGCAGAAAGACCAGAUUGCUGCUUUUGAAGUCUUGAAGAGAACAAAACCCUAUGUUGUUGUUCUGGCAUUUCCUUGCGGCCCUUGGUCUUCACUUCAGUUCCUGAACCCAGCCGCCAAUUUGGCUGGGAUGCGAGAAGAGGCAUUGAGUUUGAUAGCUUUCGCACUUCGUGUGGCAGAGUUUCAAGUGGCCCACGGCCGGCACUAUGUCAUGGAGAACCCUCGGAACUCGAUGGCUUGGCGCCUUCCUACUUUGCAGGACUUUGUGCUUCGCACUCAUUCAUUGGAGGUGGUCUUGGACAUGUGUUGUUCCAAUUUACGUGCCCCAGACGGCCUUCUACACAAGAAACCAACAAAGCUCCUCACUUCCAUGCAGGCAGUGGUGAGCGCCUUUUUGAACUGCAGCUGUGAAGGAGAUCACAACCAUGCGCCCGUGAUGGGCGGUAGCAAGAUCACCGCCGCAGCUGGACACUAUACCUCUGAGUUCUCUGACGCCCUUGUCGAGGCCUUUUUGGAACAGUAUGACUUCGAGAAAGUAGUGCUCUUCAGCCCAGACUCAUCUCCUGAAGGUGGGACUGAAGUGUUUUUGACUGAGAAUGAGGCCUUUGCUGCUGACAGAGACGACGAUAUGGAAUCAGAAGGCUCUGAUGAGGAGGAACUGGUCAAAGACGAUGCCAAAGUUCUCAUUUCGCCUGCCAUCAAGAAUGCGGUCUACCGUCUUCAUGUGAAUACAGGGCAUAGAUCCAACCAACGCUUGGCUCGUGCCUUGUUGGUGGCAGGUGCACCCCAUGAUGCUGUCUUGGCAGCAAAGCGGCUGAAGUGCUCAGUGUGUCGUGAACGACAGCCUCCCAAGCCUCGACUACCAGCUUCACUGCCUCCACCACGUGAAGUGGGACAACAGGUGCACGUUGACUUGUUGCAAAUUGAAGAUUCUUUGAAGAGGCCACAUUGGAUAGCUCAUGCGACGGACAACGUGUCGCGGUUUCAGGCGGCUCGUGUUCUGGAAGACAAAUCCUCAUCGGCCUGCAUUGAGUUCUUGACCGUGCACUGGAUUGGACUCAUGGGUUUCCCACACACUUUGGUGGCAGACCAAGGCCGUGAAUUCAUCAGUGCUGAGUUCUGCGAUUGGUGUGAUAGCAAGUCCAUUUACCUCUACCACUGCGGUGUCGGUGCGCCUUGGCAGAACGGUAUCGCUGAGCGCAGCGGAGCUACGUUGAGAGCCUUGACUUCAGCCAUUUGCCAGACUCAUGCUGUCUCCACCUACGAGGAGAUGCAAUGCGCAGUGAGCGAAGGGGUCGCUGCUUACAACAACGAUGUGAACGAGAGCGGUGUCUCCCCUCAGCAGAUGGUGACCGGGAAGAACACCCGAUCGCAAGGCGACGUGUUGGCUGAGUUCGGCAACCACUUAGCUGAGCACUCACUCUUGGAGGUGACUCCCUCCAUGGCCAAGCAGGCAGCAAUUGAAGAGGUGAUCUCUGCAGCGCAGAAUGAUGCUGUGAAUCGAGAGGAUGAGCAAGAUGUUGAACCACUUCCUGAAGAUGAACGUCCCUUGCCCGUUGUGAACUUCGGCCUUCAGAAGCGACAGCCUUUGAAGCUCUUGUCUUGGACAGUGUGCAGCUGGAAUGUUUGGCCAACAGCUCUACAGCCCAUCCCCUGGGAGUUCAAACGCACUGGAGACUUUGAGCUUGUUUUCCGGCCGGUAGACUAUCGGACAGCAGGAAUUGUAGCCAUCUCCGAUGCUGCCUUGGGCAACGUUCAGCGCAGCGGUGCUGGCAUUGGCUCGCCUCUUGAGAAGGUUUAUUCCCAAGCUGGAUAUGUAAUCCUUCUCGGAGACAAAGAUUUGGUUCGAGGUCAACAUGGAAGGUUCAACAUUAUUGACUGUCGAUCUCAUCGGAUCAGUCGAGUUUGUCGCUCUACAUACUCAGCUGAAACUCUCUCAGCGGAAGAGUCCAUAGACGUUGGGCAGCUGUGUCGUGGCUUCCUUGCUAGCUUGUGGGGAAAGAAUGUCAUCGGCAAGGCUGCAGACCGUGCCAUGGAUAGCGUUUGGUUCACUGCCGUGGUUGACGCCAAGGAUGUCCAUGACAAAGGGAACAGUGACACACCAUCCUUCGGGAGUCAGAAAUCACUGGCUUUCACUAUAGGUUGGCUGAGAGCUAUUCUUCGUCGACCUCACACUGCUCUCAAGUGGACAGCCACGUCCAAUAUGUGGAUCGAUGCCUUGACCAAGGAUAUGGACUUGACGCACGUACGUCGAAUCAUGUCUGCUGGAGAGUGGUCGGUUAGCUAUAGCCCAGAGUUUGUGAGGCAAGUUUCAAAGACCAAAAAGGCUAAGCCCAGUGAUGACCCAGCAAGCGCUGAACUUCCUGGUGAGCGCCUGAACGGCGAUGACCCUUUGCUUCCGCAUUUAGCUCGGUUGGCUGAUCGAAAAGGUUGGCACUUCAUUUCGAACAUUGGUGUACAGGUUGCACACUCAGCCAAAUCGUUUAGAACUCCAGAACCGAGGUUUAGUGCAGUUGAUUUGCCCCUCAGGAGCUCUUUUGGCCGAUUUUGUGUGAAUGACCAGUAUAUCUGGCGAUGUUUGGAAAGCGGCACUCGCUAUGGAGAGCUGACCAAUCAGCAUGGCAUGAUCGGUUGCGCGACGCCGAUCUUGAUCACUCUCUUUCAUUCCGGCUCAUCUCUCACCUCCUUGACCCCUGAAGCUACAAAGAAAAUGGAAUGA